AGCUAAUGUGUUGGCAGUGUUGUCAUCCUUUUCCGUGGCAACUGUGGCCUCUCCAAAUGCAUCACUUGUUACCUGCUGGGAAUGGCAGUCGCUGACCUGAUGGUUCUUACAUUUGAUGUGAUUUUAUAUGAGAUUAUUGAUGCCUAUUUUCCACAUUCUUCCUUCAAUCAAACCACGGUUUGUAGAGUUAUUCUGACCAUGCUCUUUAUUUCCAUUGACUGUUCUGUGUGGCUCACUGUGGCUUUUACCUUCGAUCGUUUUGUUGCCAUUUGUCAUCAAAUGUUACGAGCAAAAUAUUGCACUGAAAGGAAUGCCACUGUGGCGAUAGCUGUGGUGUUUUCUGCAAGCAUUGUGGAAAACAUUCCGUACUAUUUCAUAUACGAACCUCGGGAGGUAGUUAAUGACGUUGAAUGGUCGUGCUAUGUAAAAUCAAGCUUCUACACAUUACCCAUUUGGGCCGCAUUUCUGUGGCUGGAAACGAUCCUGACUCCGUUUGCUCCCUAUGUGUUGAUCUUGCUGCUUAAUUCCCUGACCAUCAGACACAUUAUACUGGCGAACCGAGUGAGGAGCGGACUACGUGGAAACAACAGUAAUGCGAAACACACUGACCCAGAGCUGGAGAACCGCAGAAAAUCCAUCGUGUUGCUGCUCGCCAUAUCUGGCAGCUUUAUUCUCUUGUGGAUGGUUAAUUUGAUAUGUUUCAUAUGCGUGCAAUUUACUGACACGCAGUUUUUGGAAGCAAGUUUCAAUGACCCCUUCACCAUUGCUGAGUUAUCCGGGUACAUGCUGAAGUUUUUGAGUUCUUGCACGAACACCUUUAUUUAUGCUGUAUCCCAGAGAAAAUUCAGAGACGAACUGAAAAACGUGAUCAAAUAUCCUGCGACUCUUGUUCUCAAGGUAAUCGACUUAAAGAAAUGAUGCACCAAACUAUAUUUCCAAAUAACAAAACCAAUGAUCUUGAACCAUUGUGAACAGAAUUGAAUGGGUGUUAAUGCAUUAAAAGUGGUCUACAAAUGUACCAACGAUCUCUCAAGUUAUGGAAUCUUAAAAUAACACACAGAACCAAAUGAAAUAGCUUAUGCUAUUGAUUGUUCUUUAAGGUUAUUUGUUCACCUAAGUGGGUAGCAAGGGUUCAUUGGCAAUCGACCAAAUGAGACCGAAAAUUAUGGAGGCACGGAUUGGACAAUGCCGAACUAGGUACCCCAUCUAACACAGUCCGUUUGGUCCGUAUCCUCCUCUAGCGUUUCUGACCGAGUACAUGCCCAAACGUCUUUUAAACGCUAUUAUAAUGUCUGCAGCUUCUGGUAUUUUCCCACCGCACUGUGAGUGAAAACGUUGCCCCUCACAUUCCCAUUAAAUACUUUCGAUCUCGCUUUAAAUCUAUGAACCUCUAGUUAUUGAUCCCCCUACUCUCGCUAAAAUAUAACCCACCCUAUCCACUUCCCUCGUGGUGUGUUGUACACCUGUAUAUAAUCUCCCCUCCGACUCCUAGGCUAAAUAAAGUCAUGACCUACCCAACCUCUACGUGUAACCCAGGUCCUCGAGUCCUAAAAACAACCCUGUUAAUCGUAUCUGCCCUUUUUUCCAGCAUCAUGAUAUCCUUUCAAUAGCAGGGUGAUCCAAACUGAACUCCAAACGCGGCCUCAACACCGUCUUGUACAACUGUAACAUAACGUCCCAACUUAUUUAUUCUACGACCCUGACUGGCGAGACCACUUGUAACGAAACCAUUCUUUAGCACAGGCAACUGUUAUUUAGAAAACUUACCGAUCGGAACAUGGAUAGGAAAGGUUACGAGGGAUAUGGGGCAAACGCGGGCAGUUGGGAUUAGCGUAGAUGCGACGUUUUAAAGGGCGUGGACAAGUCUGGCUGAGGUCCUCUCUCCGUGCUGUGUGACUCUGUGACACUGGCCGUAUGACUCUAGCCCAAUAUGCCGACGUAGCCAGCGCAGACGAGGUCAUGUUUCCGUGUUGUGAAGCUCCAUGGUUAGAACUCUCACUUUACCCAGUUAGACCGGUUGGUCUUGGAUCCAGCCCUCGUUAUCUUUGGCUCUCCAAAUCCGUCCUGGAACCGCCGAACCAUUGAAGUCCCUCGUCUCACGACCUCUGCCAACACAGAGAGCAGAGCGGCCACCCAAUGGAGCGAAGGUUUCUGUGAGGACUUUUUCAGACUGACCAAUUCGCCGAUCCGAAUGGCUUCGUCACAACUCGAAAUUAUAACAUAUUUUUAAUAUAUUUUUCAUCAAGCAGAACAUUAAAAAAAAAGCAUGAACCUCAAAGUGCAGGAGUAACUCCGCGGAUCAGGAGCAUCUCUGAGAUAUGGAUAGCUGAUGUUUGUCAGGAUCCUUCCUCGCUCACCUGUGAAUAAACGUCUGACACAGAACAUCGCGUGUCCUUGUACUGCAGAGAUUCUGCCUGUUGCAAUGUGUGACUCCAACACUUUAUGUUGAAAGAAAGAUUCCGGCAACUGGAGUUCCUUGUGUCAACAUUAAAAACGGGGUAUGCAUUUGAAAUAAUUAAAAUAAUAAAAGUACAGACAUUUUCUUACAAUAGCGUGUUCACAUUA